CACCGCCUGCGAAUCUCAUCACGGCAGAGGCUGCCCCAGGGAGCAGCGCGGGGGCCAGGUCUGGGGCCGGCCGUGCCGUGUGGGCAGACGGCGUCCGGCAGCGGCAUGGCGGGGACGGUGCUGCUGCCCCUCUGCCUGCUCCUGCUCCUCCAGGGUGGCCUGCCCGAGGCACCGGGACCCGCGGCCCGCACUGGCCCCGUGCUCCAGCGGCUGCGGAUGCUGGAGGAGCAGUUUCGCCGUUUCCGGGAGGUGACGCUGAGCCAUCUCCAGAGCAUCGCCAGGAACUACAACAUCUCCUACAACAUCGACAGGCGGUUUCAGGUGCUGGCAGAGCAGGCGGAGGCGGCCGACGCGGCCCGGGCUGUCCUGGGUGCCGAGCUGUCCCGCCUGGCUGCUGCUGGCCGGCGGCUGCACCGCAGGGUGAAGCGGCUGGAAGGGACGGUGGGUGCCCUGACCCCCCGGCACCGCCUGCUCGCUCGCCCUGAGGCUGGUGCUGAGCCACACAGCCUGUGGGACACAGUCCGCAGCCAGCAUGAGCCACGGGGCCCCGCACCCCCCAGCACUGCCAGCCCUCGGCCCCUGAAGGUGAAACAGCGGCUGCGGGAGGAAGGGCACCGGCUGCUGGUGGAGACUGGGACCACUGGGAUGCCCAUGCAGGACGCGGAGCCCCUUCGUGACGCCCAGGCUGUCACAGCGCCGCUGUCUGCCACGGCCACAGGCCCCCAGGAGCAGCCAGGGACAGCCUGCAACGUGGGCUCCGUGCUGCUCUUCCCCAGUGCCUCUGUUGGCAACGCGGCCGUCCUGCGGCCAGGGCUGCGCGCGGGGCUGUGGGCGCUGUCGCUCUGCACCUGGGUGCUCACCCCAGCCCCCCGCCUCGGCACCGUCCUGAACUACGCCAGCGAGGAUGGGGACAGCGAGCUGGCCGUGCACGGCCAGGACGGGGACCCUGGAUCCGCGCGUUUCGUCAUCGGGGACACGGCGUUCCGGGAGCUCCCAGUGACACCGCUCCUGGAUGGCAAAUGGCACCACCUCUGCCUCAUCUGGUCCUCCGGCCGGGGCCAGUACCGCUUCUACGUGGACAGGAGGCUGCUGGCCGCCGGCUCUGGCUUCCAGCGGGGCUAUGAGAUUCCCGCGGGUGGCUCACUGGUGCUAGGCCAGCUGCAGGGCCACGUCAGGGCGGGAUUCAGCCCCACGGGAGCCUUUGUGGGCCGGCUGGCUGGCUUGGCCGUCUGGAGCCGGGCUCUCGUGCCCGGGGAGGUGGCCAGCAUGGCAACUGGCCAGGGGCUGCCCCGCAGGCCCCUCCUGACGCUGGCCAAUGCCACCCUGCAGGGCGAGGUGCAGAGGGUGGCGUGCCCCUGCCUCGAGCACUGCCCGUGACGAGCCCGGCAGCUCCCUGGGUGCUGGAACACCAGGCAGUGGGCUGUCUUGUGGCCAGGACGCCGCUGGUGGGUUGUUGUAUCCCCUGGGAAGUUGCAGGCUGGCUGGAGGUGCUGGGGGCACCAGGCAGAGGUACCCCCGCACCCCUUCCCUCCCUGCUCGCUGCCUGCAGAGCUGCUGCCCCGGCCAGGGCACGCCGCCAGCUCCCGGGGACGGCGCGUGCUGAGGCAGGGCACAGGAGCUGGGCAGCCAGGGUUCAGCGGGGAAGCGCAAUCCAGUCUUCGGGGGUC